ACAUAGCACGGAAUAGAACCGCACGCUGUUGAUUUAAUUUUUUUUUGUUUACCAGUAUCUUUUAUUUGAAAAAUGACCAUAUAUUAUGUUCGACAGAACAAUUCACGGUUUGGUAAAUUAAUUAUGUUUAUUACCGAUAUUGUUGAUUCAACUUAUAUGGAUUUUUGUUAUUUUUCUCGCCGUUAUACUACGAAAUUAAAAACACAAUUAUUUCAGAUAACAAACUGACUGUCAAAAGUUGAGUUAAUAAUAUUUUUUUCUCUACGCAGAGAAAUAUGUGUAUUAUAUAGUCGACGAUCUAUCAACGCGUUCAGCUCGAGCGUUUUCUGAUUCGAGGCGAAUCGAUCGGCUUCGUCGUUAUUUUACCGCGCCGUUCAUUUCUGUGGGGAUGGUUGCAGGGCGUUAACAUUUCCUUACGAACUUCACCAUGGCGACGGCGACGCCGAGCCAGGUUGCAUUGAUUCUCUUAAGCGGGUCACGGCGAGCAGUAGGAUUGUCGUCGAACGCCGGACGGCACGCCGGCGUUCUUUCACGAUCUUCACCUUGGACCUCUGAUCGUGAAAACUCGCUUUUCACGGUCAAGGUGGAAUCGCGUCCCGGCUGGUCACUCUACCGGGGGGAGUGGAUUAAAAAGAGGUGAUAUAUUUCUAUAUGCUACAAAUGCUCUCGUGGAAAAUUGCAUUUCAUUCUCUCUAUCGCAACACGUUCACGUCUUUACGUUAUUAUUGACGAUUCAAUCGCAUUAGUUUGCGACGCGGUGAAGAAACAUGACGGAGCACAAAGGCACGUCUUAUUUUCAUUCGUGCGUGAAGAUGCCGGUGGAUCCUUACAGCCGACAACCGACCCCGUCGUACGAGCGUCCUCAGUUGUCGUCCGCGGGUCAAAGAUCACAGGACCGAGUGAAGAAAAUUAAUUUCGCGGAGAACGAAUCGAUAGCCGCUAUCGAAGAUUCGGAAUUGUCGUUGAGUUCUCCGCGCGACAAUCUCGAGAACUUUUUGGAAUUUCUGAAGAGCAUACCCGAUUACGGACAGGUGAAUCAUCUGUCGAACGAGCAGUUCAAGCAGAAAGUUGAUUAUCUGAGACGGAAGCAGCGAUUGCUGCUCGAGAAUCUGAGAAAUUCGUUGAGUCGCGACGCGGAUAAAUCGGUGUCGCGACUGUCGAUCGCGAAGAACGACAGUUCGAAGUCGAAAAUUGUCAAACCGAACGUUCCGAUGGAUCUCAAAUUAAACGGCAAGAAGUGCUACCUCGAAGAAUCGAGAACCAGCAGUCCGAUACUGUUUCCGUUCGGUAGUUUCGCCGGUCUCGCCGAGGAUCAAGAUCUUUUAACGUACAGAUGCAGAGACAAGGACAAGGAGACGAAAACGAUGCGCAACAAGGAGAUACUCGCCGCGAACAAGAGUUGGAGCACGUGGAGCGAGUCGAAGAGCAACAGUUUGAACAGCGACGAUGAGGACAACAUCGAAACCAAAAGCUUGCCGCCAAACUUUGCGAAAGAGUGGCAUCCCACGGUGCCGAAACCGUUUAGCUUCACUCUGAGGGAAGAGGCGGAAAAAUAUAUGACGGAAGUGGAAGCGGCCGAGCGCGCAAAUCAAGACAACGAGAAGAAGAGUCCUGCGAAAAAGCGACGAGUCAGACCGAUUCCUAUCACGUCCAAGAUACCGCUCUACGACAAACUUAUGGCCGAGAAAGAAGAAAGAAGUCGCAUUGUGCGCGAGGAGAGCGCGCUAAACUUGUUGUCGCAGGUGCGACCUUUCAAGCUGGAAUGUGAUCGCCGCGCCUGGCGAUCUCUGGUGCGAUCUAGUCCUCAGCUUAGUUAUUCGAGCAAGAAUAGCUCCUCGCGCUUCAAAGCCAAACCGGUACCGAGAAACUUGUUCGGAACCGAAAUUUACGAUCGCAUGCUCGAGGACGAAUACUAUAGGCAAUUGAAGAAAAGGGUGAGGGCAGCGGAGCUGUUGAGAUCCUCCGUCUUGCCGCCGUCGAUGGCAAGACGCGAGCGAAUCAAGUCCGCGCUUUCCCAAAGCACGGUCGGCAAAGAGGAGGAGGACGAGGAGGAGACAUCCGUUACCCCGUUAACGACCAUGACGGACGGUACCAGAUCCGCGAUGACGUCCAUGAUGUCCGCGCGCGGAAAUAAUCUGGCCGCGAUUCUGAGAUGUCAGGCUUCCCGAGAGAAAUUGGAACGAGAGAUACGAGAACGAAUGGAGGAGAAGAGACGGGAACAAAUGAUGAAGAUCAGAGAGACGCUGAUAGGUCGGAAACCCGCUUGGAGAGCCCUGAGAUCGGCCGCGAGGAACGAGCACAACAGGGACCUGGACAUACGGACGUCUCUCCGUCGCGACGAAGCGCGAGAACAAGCCGAAUAUCAUCGCUUGCAGAUGGAGAUGAUGCUGGAUCGCGUGACACAAAUACCAACUCUUUUCGAACGACAUUCCCAGAAUUUCCAGUUGCUCGAGAAACUGCAUCAACAGAAAAAAAUGCCUGCGAAAAGCACCCACGCACGGAAAAAGAAGAAGAAGAAGCAGCAACAUUCGAAACAGUUCGCGUCGAGCAGUUUGGACUCGUAUCUGAGCUUCGUCGGCAAUUCGAGACCAAAUUCCGGAUCGUUGACCAGUUCUUCAGGCGCUCAAAUCUCAUCGAGUCAGUCGUCGUCGAAAUCGUCGCCGGAUUCUGACAAGUCAGCGACCAAGUCGGAAACUUCCGCGUCGAAGAGAAAGACCGAACGCGGUCCGCUGAAAGUGUCGAUUAACGAGACGGCGGAACUGAUCGAAGAUCGCAACGAGAAAUUGUUCAGUAGCGACGAGCAGUCGCGCAGCGAAGAACGCGAAGAUGUAUUGCAGAGCGACGACGUCGUCACUGCCGAAGAGUGAAACAUAAAAGCACAGACGAUAUUUUGAAUUAUUCAACGGACUUUAAAUUACACAUAUAAGGUUUAUUUAUUUCUGAUUUAAAAUCACAUUAUAAAAGAUACAUAAAUCACUCGCACUCUUUAUAAAAGAUACUUUAAAUAUCGCUUUAUAAAAAAAAACUUUCAUAAGUCACACACUCAGUGACACACACAUACAGUCACGCAAAUACAAUAAACAUUUUCUUUUGUAUAAAAAAAACAUUAAAAAAUUCGCUCUUUAUACGUUACGUAUAUUUUAAAGCAACUUUUGCAACAUGGCUCAUCAGCGUCUAUCGUGAAUGAAAAAAACGUCACACGAAAGAAUCAGAGUGUGUUAGAACGGAUCACAUCGGCAGUAAGACAUUUCAGUCUUAAAAAGAGAGCAAUAAAAAAAAAAAA